AUGGCGUCCCGACUCGCCAAAAGCGCUAUCGGCGCCUCUCGAGUCCGCCCUGUAGUGCCCUUCCGCGCCCUUCCUCCCAUUGCAACAUCCAAUUCUCCCUGCCGACAUGCCUCAAAUACUCCAGCUCAAGAGCCAGCAACAAAGGCGCAGACUCUGAUUGACGCUCUUCCAGGCUCGUCCUUAAUCUCAAAGACCGCCAUCCUUUCUGCGGGAGCUAGUUUGUCGGUAUGGGCAAUCGCCAACGAGAUCUACGUUGUUACAGAAGAGACGAUCACAGCCAUCUGCACAGCUACGGCUUUCGGAGGAAUUUUUUACUAUGCGAAACCUUACUACGUAGAGUGGGCUCAAGCCCAUAUUGACAAGGUCAAGGGGAUCCUCUACCAAGCCAAACAGAAUCACCGGGAUGCGAUCUCCGACCGAGCCAAAAAUGUCCAGGAGCUAGGCGGCGUAAUAGAUAUCACCAAAGCUCUUUUCGAGGUUUCGAAGGAAACCGCACGGUUAGAAGCUCAAGCAUAUGAACUUGAGCAAAAGACCGCAGUCGCAAAUGAAGCGAAGACCGUCCUUGAUUCAUGGAUUCGUUAUGAGGGCCAGGUCAAGGCAAGACAACAAAGAGAGCUCGCAGAAAGUAUCAUCAGCAAGAUAAAUAAAGAGUUGGAAAAUCCCAAAAACCUACAACAAAUACUCAACCAAAGUGUUUCCGACGUUGAGAGAGCAUUCAAAAUGGCUUCUCCUGAGGUCACUUCCGCUAUCUCACAACUCGAAGACCCAGCCUCCACUCAGUCUAACAAGGCUUCUGGAUACUCCGAACUCCUGACGCGCAUAGCCUCCGACCCCACAUCACCCCACUUGCCCUCGAAUCUCACAGCUUUCAUAGAAUCAGUCCUUGGCGAGACGAUCGGCGUAGUAGCUGCAAGACCACUCCUAGCAUCCGCCGUGAACGCCAUCAAGACCUUCAAAGACUCUGAUUCUAAGGUUCAAGUUGGGACUAGAGCAGUCCAAGCCUUGGAAUCACGCGUCGUCUCUUUCGAAGAACAGGAUGCCCAUCUCCGCCACACACUUGCUGACGCCUACGAGUCGCAAGAGGAAUGGCUAGAAUCAGCCCAAGUCUUACAGGGUAUCAAUCUGGAUUCAUCCCAACGAAAGAUCACAGAUCACGCCAAAGUCGACACGUGGAUCCGCAUAUGCCGUCUCUAUCUCGAAGAAGAUGAUCCUACAACUGCUGAAAGCUACCUCAACAGAGCGAAGAACAUCAUCUACAGAAUCCCCACAACCGGCGCAGAAGCAGAACUACACAUCAAUUUCCAGCUCUCACAAGCCCGUAUCCUUGACUCCCAGCGCCGCUUCCUCGACGCCUCAGCCGCGUACCAUAACAUCUCCUUCAAUCAGGCAGUAGAUGAGGAAGAACGACUCAAGACUCUCAGCAUGGCUAUUACUUGUGCUGUGCUCGAGCCAGCUGGACCGCCUCGAAGCAGAACGCUCGCGAAGCUCUACAAAGACGAGCGUGUGGCUCAAGUUCCUGAAUACGGCAUCCUUGAAAAGAUAUUCCUCGACCGUCUGCUCGGCCCAGCAGAAGUCGAGAAGUUCGCUGCAGGGCUAGCUCCGCACCAGCUUGCGAAAACAGGGGAUGGAACUACAGUGCUCGCAAGAGCAGUGGUGCAGCACAACCUGCUUAGUGCGAGCAAGUUGUAUGGAAAUAUUGGGGUCCGGGAUUUGGGAAAUCUGCUGGGCUUGGGACCCGAGAAAGCGGAGGAAUAUGCGAGUGCGAUGUUGCAGCAAGGGAGACUGGUGGGAAGAAUCGAUCAGAUCGAGGGUGUCAUCUUCUUUGAUCAGGAUACGGAGGGGCCGGAUGGGAGGAAGCAGGCGCAAAUGGUGGGGAGGGAGUUAAGGAAGUGGGAUGCGAAGGUUCAGGGGGUUGCAGAGGAAGUCGAGAGGGUAGCAAGCUUAUUGCAGGCCAGGCAUCCGGACUUUGCUCAGGCCAACAUGGUCCAUUGA